AUGUCAACGGAGACUAAAGGAGUGUUUGAUAUAUAUGAUGAUUCCUUUAGUAAGUUGGUGUCCACUGCAGGUUCUCUUCAUCGUCUAUACACUGGUAUGACAUGGGCAGAAGGUCCUGCAUAUUUUCCUGCUUUACGUACGCUUGUCUUUUCGGAUGUGCCAGAAAAUCACUUACUACGCUAUGAUGAAUGUAAUGGACAAACAAGUAUUUUUCGUGCUCCUUCUUAUCAUUCAAAUGGUAACACAAUUGAUCGUCAAGGUCGUUUAAUAACAUGUGAGCAACAGACAAGACGUGUAACAAGAACAGAACAUGAUGGUACAAUAACUGUAUUGAUCGAUCGUGCCGAAAAUAAUAAACGUUUUAAUAGUCCGAAUGAUGUUGUUGUUAAAUCAGAUGGGUCAAUCUGGUUUACUGAUCCUACAUAUGGUAUUGAUUCAGAUUAUGAAGGAGAUCAAGGAGAGAGUGAAGUUGGAGGAAAUUUUGUUUAUUGUCUGAAGGAUGGGAAAUUACAUGUCGUAGCACGAGAUUUUGUACAACCAAAUGGCCUAGCUUUCUCUCCUGAUGAACAACGUCUAUACAUUGCUGAUACUGGACGAACUCAUCGACCACGAGAUGGACCAGCACAUAUUCGUGUUUUUAAUGUAGGUGAAGAUGGUGUUUCAUUAACUGGUGGAGAAGUCUUUGUUAAAUGUUUAACUGGACUCUAUGAUGGAUUUCGUGUCGAUUCAACUGGACAUAUUUGGACAAGUGCUGGUAAUGGAGUGUCAUGUUACGAUGGAAAUACAGGUACCUUAUUGGGUAGAAUUAAUGUACCAGAAAUUGUUGCUAAUGUAUGCUUUGGUGGUGGUGCGAAACGAAAUAUACUUUACAUUUGUGCUACUACCUCACUUUACUCUAUUCGAUUAGCUGUCAAUGGAUGCAAGACAUUUUAA